AUGUCAGAUUCCAACACAACUGACUACACCAACCCCUCCAACUUCAUCCUGCUGGGCAUACCUGGCUUAGAGGCAGCCCAUGUCUGGAUCUCCAUCCCCUUCUGCACCAUGUACACCAUAGCCAUCUUGGGGAACUUCACCAUCCUGUUCAUCGUAAAGAUAGAGCCGAGCCUCCAUGGGCCCAUGUACUAUUUUCUCUGCAUGCUGGCUAUCACCGACCUGGUCCUGUCCACAUCCAUCCUCCCGAAAAUGCUGGCAAUCUUCUGGUUCAAUUCCAGGGAGAUAAAUUUCAGUGCCUGUCUCACCCAGAUGUACUUCAUUCACUGCUUUACAGUGGUGGAAUCUGGGAUCUUUGUCGCCAUGGCUUUUGAUCGCUACGUGGCCAUCUGUGAUCCCCUGAGACAUUCCUCCACCCUGACAAACCGUGUCAUAGCCAAGAUCAGCAUAGUUGUGGUGCUGCGCGGGGCAAUACUCAUAGUCCCCAAACCCUUCCUGGCAAGGCAAUUGCCAUAUUGCAGAACCAACAUCAUUGCGCACUCAUACUGCGAACACAUGGCUGUGGUGAAACUGGCCUGUGCUGACAUCCGCAUCAGUAGUUACUAUGGCCUCUUUGUGGCAUUCAAUGUGGCCAGUCUGGAUUUGUUUUUUAUCACUAUGUCCUAUAUUCAGAUCCUCAGGGCCAUAUUCAGGCUACCAACAAAGGACGCCCGGCUCAAGACUUUUCGGACAUGCAGCUCCCACCUUUGUGUCAUUUCAGCCUCUUACAUCCCAUCUCUCUUCUCCUUCCUCACACACCGGUUUGGCCAGAAUGUGGCCCUGCAUUUCCAUGUUCUCAUGGCCAACGUGUAUCUCCUGGUGCCUCCCAUGCUGAACCCCAUCAUCUAUGGGGUGAGGACCAAACAGAUCCGGAACAGUCUGCUCCGGCUAUUGUCAGGUGCCAAAUCAUUUAAAGCUUACCUCUUAAUCCUUUACAG